AUUAGCUAACGUCACAAAUGAUUAAUGUUUUCAACACUGGUUUUGAACUAACGUUAGUCGGGGCUGAAGUGAGCACGAGCUAUAAUAAAAUAUCCCCCCCCCCCGCCCCAGAAUCAGCAUUUUUCGUAUUUUACAUCAUGGGAGUGUGACAUGUUGUAUUCAUAAUAUAUGAGGGUUUUCACAGGAUGAUAGCUCCUGUGUGUAAUGUAUUUUAAUAGCUUUUGUGGCUGUUUUUGUUGGCACUGUGUAUACAAUUAACACGAGACAUUUAAAUGUAAUUACAGGAUACUAGUUUGUGUUCAUUGCCAGUUUCCCACCAUUACAGAGCUGUUGUGUUUAUGAUAAGAGGGCUGCCUGUGAUAGGAUAGCGGGACAGUCAGAGAAGGGUGGAGUUGACAUCACAUCACACAGCAGCAGGCUGCAGACACAGUCAUCAUGCCAGAGCUUCAGGAGGAACAAGCUGUGAGGAAAUGAUCAACAAUGAGAAGCUAAUGGUGCUGUGAUCUAUAUUAACCUCAAUUUACAGAUAACCACCAAGGAAAAUGUCAGAGGUCAAUGUGCCGAAGCGAAACGAGAAGUGUGAGAACUGCACCAAACAGUGCAACAAGAAACAGAGUGAUGAAGGUGCCAACUCCCACCAGGAGAGAGAUAAAGUCAACGGACAGGAGCAUGAAGGAUCCCAGUUGCUGCUGAGUGCCUGCCUGUCCUGUGAUGGCUGUCUAUCAGAGGAGGAGAGCCUAAAGAUCUCCCAGCAGAGUCUGGAGGAAGUGGAGCGGGUUCUGGCACUCAAUAAGAAGUGUGACGUGUCGAAGCACAAGGUACUGGUAGCGUCGGUGUGUCCACAGUCUCUGCCUUUCUUUGCUGUCAAGUUUGGCCUGGACAUCACUGAGGCUGCCCACAAACUCUGUGCCUUCCUCAAGAGUUUAGGAGUGCAGUAUGUGUUCGACACCACUCUGGCAGCAGGCUUCAGCAUCUUAGAGAGUCAGAAGGAGUUUAUUCAGAGGUUUCGCAGGAGGCACCACGACUCCAACGCCUUGCCCAUGUUCACCUCCUCCUGCCCAGGGUGGAUCCGCUAUUCAGAGCGUGUCCUGGGCAGUUUGGUCACCCCUCAUAUCUGCACAGCCAGGUCUCCUCAGCAGAUCAUGGGCUGUCUGGUCAAAGACUACUUCUCUAAACAGCAGAAGCUGAGUCCAGAGAAAGUCUACCACGUGUUUGUGGCUCCCUGCUUUGAUAAGAAGCUGGAGGCUGUCAGAGAGGAGUUUUACAACAGCCUGCUGGAGACCAGAGAUGUGGACUGUGUCCUCACCUCAGGGGAGAUCUUUUACCUGAUGGAGCAGAGGAAGGUUUCAGUGGAGGAGCUGGACUCAGUUCCACUGGACCAUGUGCUGGGAGAGACUGGAGGCGCGGCGCUGGUGAGGCACGAGGGCCGAGGUUCUGAAGGCUUCCUGGAACACGUCUUCAAACAUGCUGCCAAAGAGCUCUUUGGUCUGGACGUCCAUGAGAUCACAUACAAGACCCUCAGGAACCGGGACUUCCAGGAAGUGACUCUGGAGCGGGACGGGGAAACUCUGCUGCAGUUUGCUGCUGUUUACGGCUUCAGGAACAUCCAGACUCUGGUUCACCGAAUGAGGAAGGGGCGUGUGCCUUACCAACUGGUGGAGGUGCUGUCCUGCCCAGGAGGGUGCUUGAGCGGCCGCGGUCAGGCAGCCAGCGACGCGGAAGGCCGGCUGGAUAAAGCCCUGGUCCAGCAGAUGGAGGAGGCCUACAGCAGCCUGCCGGUCCGUCUCCCGGAGGUCAACCCCACCCUGCACACCCUCUAUCAGGACUGGCUGCAGGGCCAGGACUCCCCGCAGGCCGGCACACUCCUGCACACCCAGUACAGAAGUCCGAUCCACACACAGCCCCCACACAUGCAGUGGUGAGGGGAAACAGCCUGUUUUACUUUGAAGACAUGAUGGGGGGGGUUGUCUCUGGUUGAUUCUGAUUCUGCUUGGACCAUCUCAUCAUUCAUGCUGGCUACAUGAAGGACAAGCCAAGGGCCAGGCUGCACUUCGGACCCCCCCCCCCCCCCCAGUAUCAAUUGGUGCAGUUCUUCCGUUAAGCCACAGGGGGGUGAUGUCUGUCUAUUUAACACUGGUGGAUCCCCUGUGCCAAACCCUGAGGCUGAGGAGAAAUGAAGAUCCAGAUUCCAGAAAAGCACACAGGUCUACAUUAUAUGCGGAGCGAAGCAGUGAUGUCACUAAGCUGUGGCUAAUAGUUAACAAAAAAAUAGGUACAGGAUCAGGUGGUGGCUUGAUCUGCGAGCUGUUGUGAGAAAUGAGGAGGUCUGUAGCAAGUGGAACUACUUGUGUCAUCUUAAAGGCAGGGUUGGUAAUGGUGAAAAACGAGCAAGAUUUAGGGCUCCGUCUAACCCCUCCCCCUGCUCUUGGCGCUGCUUCAGAGCAGAGCGGAGAAAGCACCGCAAGUUUACUAUUCAAAACUACUUCAUGUCUCACUCACCUAGUCUAUAUUCACGACGUUCCACUUCGGGGAUUGCCCCGGUGCUGCCGGAAAUUCCGCCGGAUCACAAACAUAUAAGAAGCUUUUGACACAACUGAAACUCGUGAACUGAACCUGUGCAUAACUGAAUGUUCAUUUGAGGAGUCUAAUGUAUUCCGAAUCUAAACUGUCCAAUCAUGAAAGAUGUUUGUUGUACUUUGUGUUGAAGUUGUCCCCACUGUUCCUUGCUGGAAGACAAGACCACGUGUUCUCAUACACAUCAAUAAUAACUAUGCAACAGUGGGAUGGUCUUAUCCUAACAGUCAAUGAAGCUGCUGUGGUUUCAAGAGCUUAAAGGCCUUUUCAAUAACACUAAGUUAGUAUUUGCUUAUGUGUGAACUACCAGCCCAGUGUUUGGUCAAUCCGUCCCAGUGAAGAAUCACGGUCAUUAUUUUUUUUUAAUGGUACAAGAGGAUUUGAUUUGUAUUAUCACUUUGUUCCCAUUCCACAACCUAGUAUUUUUAAGUUAUAUGUUGUUUUUGUUCCUUGUUUGACACGGUCAAACAUACAUCAUACGUCACAUGUUGGGCGCUAAAAUAUUCUGACAAACAAAGUCUCAUUUAAAUGCCUCUGUGGAUGAUGUCAUUGUUCACUGAACGGCCUCUGCCUCCUGUAGAGUUCAAAGAUUUAAACGCCGCUGCCUGCUGGUAAUCCACAAAACACACUUAAGAGUUUUUAAUGUUAAAGUUCUAAUGAAAACGUCUGAAAUAGAGGUCUGCGGAUGGUCCAGCAAAUUUUCAUUGUAUUUGGAUACAACCUUAGCAAAAUGAUCCAAAACUAUUUACAUAUCUCAAUACGACUAGACGUAAGUGAGUACAUUUGUUUUUGUCUUUUGACUGGAUUAAACCUUCAAAGGUGCUGUAUGUGUACAGUGUGUGUAGCGCUAAAACAAUCAAUCAGUUCAUUGAU